CAAGUUGUCCUAAGUAAGUGGUACGCGUUCCGCUCACGCUAUCUAUUCUGUCCAUCUGCUCUAUGUCCGCAAAUCGCGGACAUUACCAUGAACGGUAUUGAUGAUCGAUUGGUAAGUAGGUGAUGUUUUAGUGGUAUUUCAGAGCUUCGAUUCAAGGUUCUGAGGCAUGUUAUGACGAAAUGAAUCCUCGAACUUGGGUUGAAGAUGAGCACGCAAGAUAUCACUAAUCUCUCCAGUCCGGAGAUCCACCGGGUGAUCUCGCUUCCAGCGUCGCAGUCUCUACGAGCAUCUGCAGUGUCAGCUCCCGGGCCACUUCCAACAGGCCUGGAACGACUCGAUGAGGCACUGAGCUUGUCUGCCCCAGGAAUAUCACCCUCAACCCAGAGCCAGCGGUCGAAAGGGAUCCCAAGGGGCCAUGUCACAGAAGUCUUUGGUCCACCUGGGGUUGGCAAGACCUCUUUGGCCAUGAGAACGACUGCGAAUGCUUUACUUGCCGAAGAGAAGGUCGUUUGGAUAGACACCGGAUCGCCCAUUCCUACUCCCCGUCUGCGAGGAAUGUUACAGAAGGCUAUUAUCAGCUCAGCUGAAGACACUCGACCUUCUUCAGGGCCUGAUACAUCAGUCGAUUCUCUAAUGGAGAAUCUCACUUACUUCCGCGCCCAGUCCCUUCCCCAUCUCCUAGCCCUUCUGGUGCAUCCGCCCAAAGAGUUCCCUCCCGAAGGAACGGCACUUCUCGUUAUUGAUACCAUAUCGGGGCCAUUUCCUUCCUACUUCCCUAAUGUCACAGAGCUCAAGUCUCGUCUUUCCCAGGGGAGAGUUACAGAUAGCCAGCAGCUCCAGUGGCUUUUGAAUCGGAAAUGGAACGUUACCAGCGACCUUGGGAACCAUCUGAACAAGCUGGCGACUAUCAAUCGCAUGGCGGUACUGGUGCUAAAUCAGACACAUACGAAAAUAAAAGGACAGCCGCGACCGACUCUUUAUCCUGCUCUAGCGGGAGGAUCGUGGGAAACAGCCAUCUAUUCGAGAAUCGUUCUUUAUCGCGAUUGGCCCGAUCCCGAGGCUUAUGAAGACGUGGAUGAUUUUUCAGCCAGAAGAGUACGGUUUGCAGAGAUCACAAAACGGUCAGGAAGGGUGCGAAAUCUAAGGAAUGACGAUGACAUUGUUCCGUUCUUUAUCGAGGAUGACGAAUUUCGCGAAUUGGUCAAGAGACCAACUCUGCCUCCGUCGAGUGCUGUCGUCAGCAGCAGUGUCGGCCCUACUGCUGCGAAGCUGCGGAAGAGAAAGGUCGACGAGAUCGCAGACAGUGAGGAUGACGAUCUGGAGUCUGACGGCGAUUACGGCUGGAUUGAGAGCGAUGACGCCGGCCUUCUUGCGGACGAAGACGAAAAUCCCAUCGAGGAUUCUACUACAGAUCCUAAUCAGUAGAAGCAGUAUCGGGAUGAUAUGCUACAUCUCAGGAUCGACUGCCUUUCAGCAUUCGCCAUUGCAAGAGAGAUAUUCCUGUUUUUCCAACUGAUAGAAGGACAUGUCAGAAAUACAUGGACCCU